AUUAUUUUGGGUAUGAUUUAUGUUGUACAUUUGCAAGGGGUGAUGGGAAUAUUCUUUUUUUUCUUUUUUUGAUUUUGUAAAUUUACAACAAGCUCUACAUCCUGGUACAUAAUUUAAAAAACCAACAGAAUUUGUUCAUGCAUGUAGUUUAUUCUAACAUUAAUGUAAACUCACAACUUAGUGUAUUCACGGAGGAAGUUUAGUUAAAAGGGAAAUUUUAUUUCACUAAAGAUUCAUGAACACGACAUACAAGAUGAAUACGAGUGUUGACGUAGAGGUUAUCCUUGAGCAUGCUAGAUAUGAAAUCUUUCGGCGCCUACUUUUGGUGAUCGUAUGUAUGGUUGUAUUUGGAGCCAUUGGAAUUGUUGGAAAUAGUUUUGCUUUUGUGUUCUACGCCUUCAAAUCUAAGCCGUCAUCUACCGUGAGACUAAUUGCAUGUUUAGCAAUGGUAGACCUUAUCGUCUGUGUUGAAUUUAUUCCUAAUAUUAUAGAAAUGUGGGUCAAUGUUAAAUAUACUGCAAGUAUUAUGUGCAAAUUUGCACAUUUCAUCGGUCUUUGGACAGUGGCCUGUUCUGCUUUAAUACUAUGGGUGGUUGCUAUAGACAGACAUAGAAAAAUUUGUAGUCCAUUCGGAAAGCAAAUGACAUUAGUGACAAUAAAGUACGCUGUAUUUGCCAUUGUUAUCUUUGGGUUUGUUUUGUCCGUGAGAAAUUUUGCUAAUUUUGAUAGCGUUGUUGUUAAUGUCAAAGAUCCCGGAAGUAACUCAACAGUAAAGGGUCACUAUUGUACAACGAGAGAUGAUUCUGGUUAUGUUGUAAGCGUAACUAUUUUCACUGUCAUUGACUUUCUGCUUAUGUUGAUGGUUUGGAUAACGUUGGCCGUAGCGUACUCUCAUAUCAUUUACACAAUUUAUAAGCUAAAAAGAAUUAGGAAACGUUUACACAACAAAACAAAUGUAACCACCACUGAAAUGUCGAAUCCGUCGUAUGUAAAUGAGGAGAACGACGAAAGCACAACUCAAAUUGAAAACGGUCCAUAUCCGCUUAAAGACACCAUGGAUGGACAUGGCGCAAUACACGAAGAUAAUGAUGGACACUGUCAUGAAAAUGAUAAAUCAGACGAAUUAAACAUUUUAAAAACCAACAUCAGUUCUGUAAUUAGUAACCAAGUAUUAACGGUAUCUUUAAAUGAUGAUCAAGCAAUACAAGAUUCAUUAACGGAGCCAGGUACCAGCACUGAAGAUUCUCAGCAAUACAAAAGUAAGACGGAUUAUUUGUCAUCAUCACAUGAUACAGAACAUUUACCAGAAAAUGAGCAUUCGUCAUCAACCAAAACUCUUGCCAAGUCAACAUUAAAAAGAAUGUUUCAUAAAAUGACACACAAAAAGUAUAACAGCGCUAAAUGUCCAGUGGAGAGAAAUUUAACAUUCAAGAUGUUAGUUGUAUCGCUUGUGUUCAUAAUUUGUUUCACACCUUAUUUUAUUGUGAAAAUUCUCAUGCGAGAGGUGAUGAAAUCGGGAGAAGAAUAUGAACUUCAUCUACUAGCCCAAAUUGCCUUGCGACUCCCUUACAUGAACAGUGUGUUUAACCCCAUGGUAUAUUGUGUUUUCAAUUCUCAAUUCAGAUUUUACAUUCAAAAUAUAUUCAAAACAUUCUUUUCUAAAUGUUUUCGCAAAUCUCAGUAUUUGUUUAAGUCGUAAUAAAAAAGGUUGUGUAUAUAACUGUUUAUAUUAAAGUGUGCUUUUUACUGUUUUUAUUUGUACAAGUUGUUUGAUUAGAAAUGUGAUUUAUUAUCUUCAUUGCGAUUUGCUUUGUAUAUUGCUCUUUGAAGACUUUAAAUAAACAAAAUAUAUAUGUUUAUCGUAGAUGUCAUAUUUUAAACAUGAGAACAUCAAGCAUUUUGUAAUUACAUUGUUUUCAUUUUACAUCCGUGAGACGUGAUGAGAAGAAUAUAAUUGUUUAAAAGAAACACGUUUCCUUAUAGUUAACUCUAUGUAUACAUAUUAGGCUCAGUUGACCAAUCAAUUAGAUUUAAAUCAGGCAAUAGUAACAUUCAUAUAUCUGAAUGUAAUUUUUUGUUUUACGGAAAUGAAAUUGACUUACAUAAAUGAUCGUAUGUAUGCUAAAUGUAUUAGAGCUAUUAUACUAUUAUACAUAUUGUUAAUGUG